AUGGCGUCUCCGUCCGCUCGCGCGUCGUCCCCGGUCUCGGAUCGCCACCACCAGCAACAGGAGGCUCUGUGCAAGAUCCUGACGCGUCGAUCCAUGCGAGUCUGGGCCUCUAAAUCGUCCCAGGAGCGGAGCAGUCUCGCCGAGAGCCUCCUGCAGCUCUUCUCGAGCGGAUCGUCGGCUUCUGCGGCCUCUAGCGCCGCUGAAAUCGCCCAAAGACCCAUCACACGUCGUCCAGGCGUGGAGGAGGUCAAGAACUGCGUGCUCUCGAGCGUGUACCCAUGUCUGCCGCCGCAAUGUGACCCUCUACGUGGCGAGAUCUGGCAGGUCCUACUGAACGUCUACAAACGCAACCAGCACGGCUCUGCAGCCCAGGAAUUCGACCGAAUGUUGCAAAGACUAGGGAAACUCCCUAGAGACCCUCUGCUCGUGGACGAGUGCGGCGAUGUGGCCGAGAUCCUCGAACCUACUGACCUGAAGAGUAGAGAGCGGGUUCAACAGGAGCUGGAGGUGCUGCUCAUGUGGUUCUUGACCACAAAGAGUGUGGCGUAUUCCACGGGAAUGGCUCGUGUGGUAGCCCCGUUCUUCCUGCUGAAGAUGCCGCUCCCUACCAUCUACGACUGCUUCUACCAGUACUGUGCCCAUUUCCUGCCCCAUUUUGUGGUAGCAGACAGCUUGUUCGCCGACUCUCCAGGCUUGAGUACUGUGGGAGGAGGACUGGGCAGUAACAGAGGCAGUAGCAGCAGUAUGGAGGAGGCUUUCUCUGGACAGAGAGGGGCUCUGGAGAGAUCGAGUUCGAUGGACUCGACGUCGUCCCUGGCGGAGGAGAGUAAACGUCGUGCAGAUGAAGAAGAAGCGCAGACAUUGAGACGAGAACGACAGCAAUUGGUGGAGCAGUUAUUGAGUUAUCAUGCACCACAACUUGCGCACUUUUUGAACCAAUGGUGCGGCAAUGAGUGGAGUGUGGCCGGGAAGCUCUUUGCGGCGGACUUUUUGCUUGGACACCUGUACCAAGUGGUCCCUCCUGCGGCGUUUGUGUACGUGAUGGACCAAUAUUUGCUGACUGGAGACUCGCUUUUCGGACUAUUUUUUGUGAUCGCGGCGCUAAUUCAACGUGAAGAAGUACUCACCGCCUGUACGUCAACUGAGGAAGUACAGGACCAAAUUCGAGCCACAUUCGACUUGAAGGCUUUUGCAGACGAAGAGAACGUCCGCUUCCUGUGUCUUUCAGCGUCUCGUCUGCGUAGUAAGACCCCAAAGACGUACAAGUGCUCGCAACGUGAAGGUACAGCGGAUAUCCGAUGCUCGUCGCGUCAGGCCAUCGAGAUCGCUUACGGUUCAGGAGCUGGUAUGGCGGCUAAGAAGGUGCGAACACAGUCCAGUAGCAGCAUGAAUGGUCCGCCGUCUGGAGGUAUCAGCGCUCCGUCAAGUAAUGACCGGAAGUCUACAGCUGAAGCUGCAGUGGAUAUGUCACAAUGGGUCAUGAAAGAGUCACGUUCGAUUGCUGGAAAGAUCUUCUGGUAUCAUACGCAGACGGGCAAGACUCAGUGGGAACACCCAGCAGAGAAACAUGACCCGCCUUCAGCGUAUUUUGCGUUGCCUGUGAGUGUGGAAGAAGUUGGAGUACAACUUAUGGGCGGCGAGAAGCCUGGUGACCAGCAAGCGGGUAAUGGCAAUCUCCGCUUCUUUGUCGUCGACUGUCGAGGCUUACGCAGCUCCGAAGACCUGAAGAGUGGACGUAUUCCGGUCGCGUAUACGUUGGAUCCUUCGGUGUUUGACUCGCCGGAGUUGAUCGCGAAGAGCAUGGAGGCGUUUAACCCGAUGAAGUCUCAGGUUCACGUCGUGUUGGUGGGUCAUGGAGUCGGUAUUCCGCCUGAAUUAGUGACGUCAGAAGAUGUCAAGACGAGCAUUCGAGACGCUGUACGACUGGACACAGACUGUCUUAACCAGGCUGCUCUGUUCUUCCAGAAGCGUGGCUUCCGAUUCGUGAGUACACUUGACGGAGGAUACUCGUCUUGGCACGCGUUCAUGCGUGAUCGCGCUGGCUCGUCUCCUCAAGAAUUGCUGAACCACGUAGCAGACCAGUGCGUGUAUUGUCGCUACGAUACCAUCCUGCGUACAGGUGAAGAUCCGCUCAAAAAGAAGUCGAAGCAGAAGAAGCCGAGACGUAAGAAAGCGAUGCCUACUACUACGUCGAUGCCUGUGAAUGGUGGAGAGGGAGACGCCAGCAUCGUCUCGACUAGUGAACUGAAUCGUGCCAGCAGCACUAGUGUCGGUAGUAACGGCAGUACGUCUAGACGUCAGCUGUCACUUUCUCGGAACUCGAUUACAUCGAUGAGGAGUAAACUGUCUGAGGUUUCAAUCCCCAAGAAGUGGGGGUGGAGACGACGGUCGUCCGCUGCGAGUGCGAGCAACCAGAACGACAGUGGCUCAUCGUCUGAGACGGCGACUGUGGAAGACGGCGGCAGUGACCACGGAUCCUCUACGGAUGAUCAGGAAGAGAAGAACGAGGAGGUGACACACGAGAUGCUACGUGCUGCACUGGAAGAGCCUGAAGACCCCAACGUGGAAGGUUCAGAAGCGAAGGAUUCCAAGUUUGUGGGUGUCUUUACGAUAGACUAUAGCGAGGAUGAGGAUGAAGACAACAAGGAACCGGCGGAUAAUAACGAGGCGGAUAAGGCCGAAGUGUUGAAAAACACGGAGCACGAAAAGGUUCCAGCUAUUGGGGCUGUUGUUGGACCAGAAACUGAGCCUACGGUCUCGGCAUGA